AUGAGGAUCAAGCAACCGCAAGAUGGGUGUCUCACGAAAGAGAGACAAGAAGUAUGGGCUAAGGUCUAUAAUGCAAGACUUAGACCCGGGAUGCCACUUCAACCUCAUGUGCUCAACAUGACAAGGCUAUUCACCCAUCCGGAGCUAAUUGGCAAACCAGUGGACGAUGAGCAAGCGGCUCUCAUGCUACUAAGCUCACUCUAUUCGGGGUAUGUUGCAUUAAAGAUGCAACUUACGGCAAAGCGAAACAAACUGUCCUUGAUGGAUGUCGUUCAAGAGCUCCAGAAAACCUAUUCUUGCAUGAAGGCUAAGGUUGCUCUGAGACCAAAGAAGAAGGAGUUCAAGAACAAAGCUAAGAUGCGCUACAUCUAUUGUAGUAGACCCGGACACUACAAAAGAGAAUGUAGCAAGUAUCUAGAAGAUGAGGCGAAAAGAAAAGUAACCUUAAUCUCAGGUAUCAUCUUUACACUUGAACAUAAGCCAUUUAUAAGGAGAAUGCCCUUUGGCCUUUGUAAUGCCCCCGCAACUUUCCAAAGGUGCAUGAUGAGCAUUUUUGGAGACAUGUUGGAGGAAGAAAUGGAGGUUAAUCUUGUCUUUAAUUGGGAGAAAUGCCAUUUCAUGGUGGAGGAGGGGAUAGUGCUUGGGCAUAAGAACUCUCAUAAAGGAAUAGAUGUGGAUAAGGCCAAAAUUGAGGUUAUUGAGAAGCUUCCACCUCCGGUGAUUGUCAAGGGAGUGAGAUCAUUUUUAGCUCAUGCGGGUUUCUAUAGAAGAUUCAUCAAGGAUUUCUCACUCAUUGCCAAGCCCCUUAAUGAUCUUCUUCAAAAAAGAUGUUGA